GUGAGAGUGAAGGUAUAUAAGAUGGUGGGCCACUUUGCUUCGACAUCAGCCCCCCCAACAUGAAGCUCCUGAUCCUGACGACGUUAGUGGCGGCUGUGACGGCCGCCCCGCAGGGCUACGGCCUCCCCGUGCCCUCCGGCCCUAGACUGAGCAGCUGCCUUGACGGCGAGGUCCUUCACGUCGACGGCUCCUGCGUUGUCCCUGAUGUGACCCGCCACGUGUAUGUGUUCGCCGCGCCGCCCCAGCCCCCGUCAAUCCAUCCCCCGCCCGAGCUGCCCCCGCCCAAGAUCGACUACAACGUGGUGUUCAUCCGCUCCCCCGAGAAGCCCCCGAGGCCCGACCCCAUCGUCAUCCCCCCCGCCAGCCAGAAGAGCGUCGUGUACGUCCUCAACAAGAAGUCCGAGGAAGGCCAUCAGGUGAUCGAGGUCCCUGCGCCGCCGCCCAAGACCCCCGAGGUGUACUUCGUCAACUACGGACCCGGUGAGAACCCGACUCUCCCUGGGGGCGUCGACCUGGACUCUGCCCUUAGCGGUGCCGUCCAUUCGAGCGGACAGCUGGUCGGCGGCGCGGGCGGCGGCUUCGGAGGUGCCGGAUUUGGAGGUGAAGCAGCCCUUGGAGCCGGAUUCGGAGGCGCCGGAUUUGGAGGAGCCGGAUUUGGAGGCGCCGGCUUUGGAGGUGAAGCAGCUCUUGGAGCCGGAGCUGGAGGAGCCGGAUUUGGAGCGCCGGAUUUGGAGGAGAUUCGGAGGUGGCGCUGGAGGAGCCGGCUUAGAGAUGAUGCAGCCCUUGGAGUCGGAGCUGGAGGAGCCGGAUUUGGAGGCGCCGGAUUCGGAGGUGGCGCUGGAGCUGGUCCUGUAGGUGUACCUCUUGCUGCAGCUGGAGGUCCUGGCUUUGGAGCUGGCGCCGGAGGUCCUGGCUUCGGAGCUGGCGCCGGAGGUCCUGGCUUCGGGGCUGGCGCCGGAGGUCCUGGCUUUGGUGCCGGAGGUGCUGGCCCAGCUGGCGCCGGAGGUCCUGGUUUUGGAGCUGGCGCCGGAGGUCCUGGCUUCGGAGCUGGCGCAGGAGGUCCUGGCUUCGGUGCCGGAGGUGCUGGCCCAGCUGGUGCCGGAGGCCCUGGCUUCGGAGCUGGCGCCGGAGGUCCUGGUUUCGGAGCUGGCGCCGGAGGUCCUGGCUUCGAAGCUGGCGCCGCAGGUCCUGGCUUCGGAGCUGGCGCCGGAGGUCCUGGCUUCGGAGCUGGCGCCGGAGGUCCUGGCUUUGGUGCCGGAGGUGCUGGCCCAGCUGGCGCUGGAGGUCCUGGCUUCGGAGCUGGCGCCGGAGGGCCUGGCUUCGGAGCUGGCGCCGGAGGUCCUGACUUUGGUGCCGGAGGUGCUGGCCCAGCUGGUGCCGGAGGUCCUGGCUUCGGAGCUGGCGCCGGAGGUCCUGGCUUCGGAGCUGGCGCCGGAGGUCCUGGCUUCGGAGCUGGCGCCGGAGGUCCUGGCUUUGGAGUUGCUGCUGGAGGUCCAGGUGGUGCCGGUGUCCCUCUUACUGCUGCAGUAGGAGGAAGUCCCGGCUUCGGAGGUGGCGCAGGAGCUGGUGGUCCUGGAUUUGGAGCUGGUGCAGGUGGCCCCGGAUUCGCAGCUGGAGCAGGCGCAGGAGGCCCCGGAUUCGCAGCUGGAGCAGGCGCAGGAGGCCCCGGAUUCGCAGCUGGAGCAGGCGCAGGGGGCCCCGGAUUCGCAGCUGGAGCAGGCGCCGGAGGACCCGGAUUCGCAGCUGGAGCAGGCGCAGGAGGCCCCGGAUUCGCAGCUGGAGGAACUAGUUUCGGAGGCGACAUCAGGGGCGCAGGUCGCGGUUUCGCCGUUGGUUUCGGCAAUGACUUCCUAGGCAGCGCGGAAGACGAAGGUCUGAGCUUCGAGCGCUCCGGAGGUUUCGGCUUAGGGUCCCACGAAGACCUGGACAGCAACGAAGCCUUUCAUUCUUAAAUUGGCUACGACUAAUCAGGAACCUUAUUAAAUGACGGUUGCAAUGUCCAUGAUUGGUAUUCGAUCGGUUCUGUUAAUUAUUUAUCGUUUAUAAGAAAAAAAUAAUCAUGACUUUUUGAAAGAUAUUUAUUUUGUUACAGGGGGAUCUGCACUUAGUGCAUGGUCUAGUCAGUCCCUCGGCUAUGAAUAUUUAUGUAGCUUUCUAAAAAAAAUAUAUGUACAUCUAUCUUCU